AUGUCAAUUCUACUACUCCCUCCGAUUCUUGCCUUAUUUACGAUUAUUCUUAUUUAUAUUUAUUUCAAACGACAGUAUUCAUCGUCUCCCAAUGAUCCACCUGGUCAGAAACCUCAGAUCAUUUUUGGAAAUAUUUUUAAUUCUGGUUUAUUAACGGGCCGAAAAACCGGACCUGAACUUUUCACCGCAUAUCAACAAGAGUACGGUGACGUAUUUCUAUUUUGGGCUGGCUCACACAAAUGUCUUGUCUUCUGCCUACCUGAACACGCGCAAACUAUAUUCUCCGAUCGACAUACAUUUGAUCAAUCACCAUUAUUUAUACCCAAUUUCGAUUUACUUUGCCCCAAUGGUAUUAUUACGUUGAGCGGUGCUAAAUGGAAACGUCAUGCACGAGUCAUGUUGCCGAUGUUCAAACGGGCUAAAAUCGUCCACUAUCUAGAAACAAUUCUUCACUGUACCGAUCAAUUUAUCGACAAACAUCUAGAUGAUAAUCAUACCUAUACAGAUUUGACACUUCGAUGUCAAUCAUUAUUGAUGAAUAUUAUUGCAUUCAUUGCAUUCGAUCAUGAUCUCGAAGCUCAAAUCGAUUCGUCGUGUGCACGUGCUCUUCAGGAUUUCAUAUACUAUGCAGGUCAGUUUAUGAUGACAGCAUGGUUACCACGAUGGCUAGGUAAAUUGUAUUUGAAAUUGAAUUGGAAAUAUCAACGUGCACAUAGAGUUCUUCGUGAAUUAUCCGAACAAAUUGUUGAACAAGAACAAAAUAAACAUAAUGAUAGUGAAAGUCAACGACCGAAAAAUCUAAUUGCAUCUCUUGUUUCAUCACUCAAUGAACAAGCAAAUGAUGAACAAAUAUCAUCCGGUCUGACUCAGGCAGAAAUAUUUGAUGAAGUUCUCAUGGCCAUCACAGCCGGUACCGAAACAACGGCAACAGCACUCUCAUGGUUCAUGUUCUAUAUGAGCAAACAUCCUCGAGUUCAACAAAGAAUUAAACAAGAACUCAAAGAACAUGACCUUGCCAUGGGAGACAAUGCACAUUCAUCGUUAUUGAAUUUGGAAACACUUGAUUCACUUGUUUACUGUGAUUGUGUCACGAAAGAGGUCCUUCGAUUAGCACCCGUGGCUGGUAUAACAGCACGCAGAGCCACACGUGACACAGUAGUCGACGGUGUACCGAUUCAUCGUGGUCAAGAUCUCUACGUUGCUCUCUAUAACAUGAACAAGGAUCCACGGUAUUGGCAUCAUGGUGAUCCGAAUGAAUUUAUUCCUGAACGAUUCUUGUUUGAAGAUAAAAAUCAUCAUCCCUAUGCAAUGGUUACUUUUGGUGGUGGACAUCGUGCUUGUUUGGGUCAAGAUUUGGCACAAUUCGAACUGAAAUUGAUGAUCGCUAGACUAAUGCAGCGUGGCGUAUCAUUCGAAGAUACACCUGAAAAUAUUGGUGGAUGCAAACAACAAGUUACCUGCCGUCCAAGACAUUUAGUUGUGCGUGUACGAAUCGAUCACAAUUGA